CUUCUUCCAACCCACAUCCCAAGGAAGGAUCACUCAUUUCAUUUGCCCACCGCCUCUAUACAUAUAUUUCUCCCCCUCCGGCCCAUUUCCCUUCAUCCAUUGCCACCACCGCCUUCUCUCCGGCCACCCGCCGGCAGCCUUCACCCUUUCUCCACCACUCUUUUCUAUCCAUCUCAUAUACAUGUUUGGUUGCUGUUACAUCGAUUGGGUGGGAGGGUUUCAUUCGAUUUUGCAGUAUAGUACUGUUUUAUUAUCGUUUUCCAUAGCUAUAUAUAUUAUAUAGCCACUGAUCAGCAAAACCCUAAUCACCUUUGGUUUAUAGGGUUUUCCCGUUAUGGAUGGCUCAAGUUGGCAUAUAGUUUUGUAAAACUUCAUCUCUACAUCUUUCUACUUGUGUUUUGGCUGAUAUCCUUGUGUUCAGUUCUCAUCGUACGUAGAAGGUCGAUGAUAAAUGCAUAUCGGUUUCGCGAUAGAGUGUGAUGAUAUUGAUUUCAAAUUUUGUUAUUUUCAUUGAUCUAUUUUUAGUUCGAUAAUAACAGAAAUUAUGGUUCAUAUACAUCUGCUUUGAUCAAUGAAAGGGUCCGGACCAUCGUAAAGUCAAAAAAAGUUCUUCAAACUUUCAUAUUCUUCUUUUGGUCAAAUAUGAAUGUACCACUAUUUCACCAUUUUUUGGAUUUGGAAAAUUUAGGAAAAGGUGGUGGUGGUCUUUUGAUUUGAAUUGACCAAGUUCAUGGAAUUGUUAUUACUUGUUUGGCAUUUUUGAAUUAUGGGAAUAAUAUGAUUAUGAUGAUUUUGUUAGCUAGGAAGAUCUCUCUCCCACCCACUUGACCCAAUUAGACUAUAUAUCCCCACACAAAAUUAUCAUACACAUAAUAAUCACCAAACAAACAAACACCAACUCAUUAGUCACCUUCUCACCCACCCACCUCUUCCCUUACCCAUCUACUCCAACAAAUUCAUAUCAUCAAUCCAUUCAUUCAUUCAUCUCUUUCUUUCUUUCUUUCUUUCUUUCUUUCUCAUUGGGACCAUGCAUAUGUAUACAUAAUUAGUUUUGGACUGCACUUUUGAUGAAUGAUUAGCUUGUUUGGUAACAUUGUACGUACCAAUUAGCUGCAGUGAUCCCUCCACUUGACCGAUCAUGGUAAUUAAUUGAUGCUGUGCUUUUUUUCGGAAGCACGAAGAAAGGCGAUAUUGGUGGGGUUCAAUCCGAAGGCCGGAUUUUUGUACGAAGAUUAUUGGAAGGAAAGCUGAUGAUGAGCAUAGUGAUGAUUGUUAUAUUACAGUAAAAUACGAUCUCAGAUUGAGCCGCGCCAAUAUCACUUUUCUGGUCUCUUGUUCCUGCUCUAUAUAUACACAUGGCAUCAAUGGAUCGAUGAUGAUGAUGGUGAUCAGCUUUUCCUCCAUCAAAACCUUUGAAUCCCAUUAUGUGCUGUUUUGAGCUACAUUUCAUUAGUUUCAAUACGUUAGAAGGGUUUCCAUCUGAAUCCUUCAUUGCAUGCUAUAGCUGGCUGGGGUCGGGUCGUGUAUGUGCAUUUGUUUAUCUCGAUUUAUGCGUGUCAUCUCUGCACAGCAGAGCGACCAUGCUUAUCUUCUCUGUAUCGUUUCAGUUUUUUUGAAGGAUGUCUCCCCCCAAUCGGAGGGACUCUUGUUGGUAUGCUUUUCUAUCGAGUUAUUAUCACGAGAGGUGUUGCGAUCGACUUGGGCUCGUAUGUUCAUCAGAAACUGGAUUUCAAAGCGGAGAGUGUGUUGUCCACAGGAUUGGGUCAUUAAUUGACCCCCGAGGCUAUCGAGAAUCUUCGAGGCAAGCAGAUCAUGGUGCAACCGGAGCAAUCUGGUGCAGUACUGAUCAGUGGUAUAGUACAUCUUUAUUGAGAUCCAGCAGUAUAUCAACUGGAUGAAGGUCAACGACCACUUGAUCAUCAACUGCAACAAAGACUGACCUGAUCUUGAUGAUCAUCUUCACUAAAAUUGGUGUUGGUUUGCCUAAAUUCUUCAUGGUUUUGUUGGCUGACUGUGUUUGGUAGCUAGGAUCAUAGCUAGGUCAUACUCAUGAGUACAUAAGAACUGUAACCAACCAUUUUGUAAAUAUGUCAUCCAGUUUUGGGAGUUGCCACGGUCGUUAUUGUUACUAAGUGGUAUAUGAUCGAUAGUUGAAUAUCUCCAAAUAAUUUGACUUGUUGUAACUGUAUCUGAUUCUCGACAUAAUGUUAUAGGC